AUGAAGAAUAAUUACGCUCCCGUUUCGAGUUCGGAAGCCUCCUAUAAAACGCUCAAUGAUGAAAAGUCAGGCAUUCAAUCUUCAGAUGGCACACCGCCUCCAUAUUCAGAUUCAUACAAAUUCAUUGAUUUGGAGAUGGCUGAUGGACCCGCUCAGAGUUCCGCUGAAGAAUCCGCAAAUAAAUAUAAGAGGGCUUUGGAGAAUUUUGUAAUCCUAUCGUAUAUUCUGAUUUUCGGCUUCUAUUUGUCCUUGGUUUGUUUUUAUGUACUAUUCUUCGUCUACAAGUUUCCUGUGAAAGCGCAAGUCCAUUGGGGGCUUUUUGGCGGUUCGAUUACAUCUGUGAUGCUGCUUCUAGCAGAUUCAAUUGCAAUAAAUUCAAUAAAUUCAAUAAAGUGUGAAUUAUUGAUAGGCAAUAUGCUUGUCGCAGCAUUCCAUACAGUUGUUUUCGAUGCCUUCUGUUUAGCCUCAUCUUUUGGACUGAAGAAGUACGGAAUGUUUGAAAAUUUGAACCCCGCUGUUUACUGGUUGAUUUUUAUCACAAUAAACACAUUCUUAUUUCUUGUUUUGACGACAAAUCAAAAGGCACGCGAAUGCAUGAAUUCAAAUUUAGUAAACGGCAUAAGCGGUUUAGCAAAGGGCAUAAGCGGUCUAGCAAAUGCUUUGUCUUGUACUUUUGAAAAAUUUAAUGCUCAAGAUGAGAGACAUUCGAACGAAGAAAUCGAACUUCAACCUCUUGAUGACCAAAGAACUGAAUUUUGA